AUCAGCAGCAUUAGUCUGGUUGGCCACUCUCUCUGCUUUUCCCGGUGAGUGACCGCCGCUAGAUAGGUCGCCGGCCAGAUGUGGCGGCGGAGAGCUGGGGCUUUGCUCCGGGUGUGGGGGUUCUGGCCGACAGGGAUUCCCGGAAGGAGACCGCUAAGCUGCGAUGCUGCGUCGCAGGCGGGAAGCAAUUCGCCCAGCUGUUGGAACUGCGGCAGCCCAGGGGGCCCUGGGCGGGAGAACGGGUUCUUCUGCCCACAGUGCCGAGCGCUGCAGGCACCUGACCCCACUCGAGACUACUUCAGCCUCAUGGACUGCAACUGUUCCUUCCGAGUUGAUACUGUGAAGCUCCAGCACAGGUACCAGCAACUGCAGCGUCUUGUCCACCCAGAUUUCUUCAGCCAGAGGUCUCAGACUGAAAAAGACUUCUCGGAGAAGCAUUCAACCCUGGUGAACGAUGCCUAUAAGACCCUGCUGUCCCCCCUGAGCAGAGGACUGUACCUUCUAAAGCUCCGUGGAAUAGAGAUUCCUGAAAGGACAGAUUAUGAAAUGGACAUGCAAUUCCUGAUGGAAAUAAUGGAAAUCAAUGAGAAGCUCGCAGAAGCUGAAAGUGAAGCUGCCAUGAAAGAGAUUGAAUCCAUUGUCAGAGCAAAACAGAAAGAACUUACUGACAAUGUGAGCAGUGCUUUUGAACAAGAUGACUUUGAAGAAGCCAAGGAAAUUUUGACAAAGAUGAGAUACUUUUCAAAUAUAGAAGAAAAGAUCAAGUUAAAGAAGAUUCCACUCUAAUUGUUAAUAGUUCAAAGUUUGAAAAAUAAAGUUAUUGUAUAUUUC